CGCUGAAAUGCGCUGACGUCACGGUGCUCCGCAAGAUGGCCGCCGCAGCGCUGCUGUUUGCGCUGCAGCUGGCGAUCGCCAGCGCUGGCAAGUGUACCACUGGUUUCUCGGUGGUCGCGCCAGAGGUGGCGGUGCCGGGGAAGACCACUGCGAUCCUCGUCACGCUGCACGGACGCGCCGGAGACCAGCUUGACCCCCUCAACGUCACCGUGAGGCUGGAGACUCAGGACAAUGACAAUGAGGUUAAACUUCUGACAUCGGCCAGCCAGAUGAUAACCGGUUACGGCAUCAUCCCGCUGAAGAUACCGUUAUCCCCAGCUACUCACUGCACCCUCCACACCACCGUGGGGUGCGUGGGCAACGACGAGUGCACCGCGAAGAGCCACAGCGUCAUUCGGCUUCUGGGCCCCGUCAGGGAUGUUAUCGUGAGGCCCGCUAGGCACCACUACAGGCCUGGGGAGACAAUCACUUUCUGGAUUCUGGCCCUCGACCACGACUUGCGCCUGGUCCAGGGAGAGCUGGCGUACGUGGCGCUGCGAGACCCGGCCGGCACCAAGGUGGCCAUAUGGGAUCAGCUGUCCAUGGAUGAAGGUGUUCGUAAGCUCAGCGCGGCACUCGCGAACGGCGCACGUGCCGGUACGUGGCGGAUCGAGGCGCGCUGCGGCGGCAGCACGGCGCGCGUCGAGCUGACCGUCGGCGCGGGCGCCGGGAGCUCGGCCCCGGCCGCGCCCGCCGGUGAGCAGCACUACGUCGAGCUGCGGUUCGCUGACAGCAUGCGGAGGAGGUACAAGCCCGGCUUGCCGUUUGUUGGGAGGGUGGAAGCAAUGAGUACGGAGAAAAGGGUGCGCGUUCGAGUGAAGUUAUACGAUGACAAGACUGACAUCUACAGCCAAGACAUCGACAUGUCGACGGGCGAAGGAAGCUUCAUUGUACCGACUGUUAUGGCUGACGCUCCUUACGUUAAUCUGCAGGCUGAACUAGUCGCAGUGGAAGGCAAAGAGAUUGAGACACACUACGUUUUGGCUCGAGAGAGAAUUCGGCGAUGGAAUUCUACUUCCAAGUGUUACCUUCUUGUAGAAAAUCUACCAACACCUCUUCAGGCGGGCGGCGUGGCGAGCGCCAGCGUGUGGUCGUCCUGCGGUUGCCGGCAGCGUCUGCUGGCGGCCGUGACAACCGGCGGCCGCGCCGUGCACUGGGCGGCCGUUCCGGCGCGCGACGCUGCCAACAACGCAGACCUAUGCCGCUUCAACUACACGUUUCCCGUGACGGCAGACAUGGCGCCCGUUAGCUCGCUGCUCGUCUACUACGUGACGGGAGAAGGCGAGCCAGUCAGUGACGUUGCCAGCUUCCAUGUACGACUACUGCAUAAGGAGGUGGCCGUGGCCGUGGAAGAGCGCCGCUGGUGGUACCCUCGCGCUGCGCUCCAGCUGCGCGUGCUGGCGCCGCCGGACUCCACCAUGUGCCUCAUUGGAGCUCGUGCGCCGCCUGACGCUAAAUUUGACCCUCAUCAAACAUUACCAGAACACGACGAGCAGCCAGGACCCGAGUUCGUGUCGGCGGGAGUGUCGCUAUUCGUGGGCGGCGGCGCGUGCGGCGGCGGCGUGCUGUACCGGCAGAGGACGGCGCCGACGCCGCGCCCGCCCGCGCACCUCGUCCCGCCGGCCACGCACGACCGCCUCUGGAUGUGGAAGUGUUUCAACUAUACGAGCCAACUUUCAACGGACGGGGUCACAAUAACGGCCCCAUCAGAAGCGGGUCGCUGGUCGCUCUGGGCCCUGUCUCUGUCCAACCGAGGCCUGCGCUUCUCCGCGCCGCGCACCAUCAACGUGUUCCGGCCGAUUCAGCUGGAUUUCGCGCUGCCGCCGGCCCUCAAGGUCGGAGAAACGGUGGAGAUCGAUGUCAAGAUUACUAAUAACAUCAACAACUGUAUGGAUGUAACGGCCCUCCUGGCUCUAAGCGCUGGGGCAGCAUUCGCAAGCACCGGAGCUCUGUACGUUACUGAACGUCUGAGGCUGGGCCCGCGUGGAGGAACCCAGCUGGUGGUCAGGGUUGCCGUCAAUACUCCGGGCAGGAAAAAUAUUACAGUGGAAGUGACAGGCUACAGCGCUGACAACUGCUCCAUUUCGUACUCGUCAUUCAACAACGAGACGCUGGUGGGCUCUGUUAUCCGUUCCGCGAGCGUCUUAGUUCUGCCAGAAGGACUGCACCGGAGCGACACUCAGAGCGCAUACUUCUGUGCCAACGAACACCUAGCGGUAUCAUCCCGAGGUUCGUGGGAGUGGCAGUGGGUGGCAGCGCCGCGCAACCGCGCAGGGCUGGUGCUAGAGCUCCGCGCGCAGGGCGCUGCACACGUUGCGCUGUCUUCUGUACGCGAGCCUAAUGACGACAUGUAUCGUGUGGUGUUUGAAAGAAGCCGCGUAUGGAUCGCUAGAGGGAAACAUGGCUACGACGUACACUUGGCUAGCGCGGAGCAAACCGAAGACGACUCUGAGUGCGCGGGCGCAGAGUCGUGGUGCGCCUGGUGGGUGUGGUGGGAAGGCGCGCGGUUGUCCGUGGGACGUGGGGCUGCGCCCUCGGAGCGGAGGCUGCUGGUGUGGCCGCUGGCUGCUGACACGCGCGUGAAGUUCGUCGGCUUCAGUGCACUGUGGGGAGACAAGGCCGAUUUCAGAAUAUGGAACUUCAAUGAAGAGGCCGGCUUCUCUCAAGUGUUAGAGCUGGGUCUGCCCCACGGCGUGGUACCUGGCUCCGCCAGCGGCACCCUCCUAGUCUCCGGCGGUCUCCACCUUCCUCUCUACAGCCUGCAGUCAGACCCGAGCGACCAGUGGUCAGAAGUGUGGCGAGACUCGCAACUGUCUGCGGCCGCUGCUAGCUUGGCCCCGCUGUUGGCGUUGGAACAUAUCCCGCAUUUGGUUGACGAUGCUGAAAGGGAUAGGAUAUUGAAAAAAUUGCCGGAGCAGGUCCAAAUCCUUUUGUCAUUCCGUAAAAAUGACAAUUCGUUUAGUGAGCACCCAGGAAUGAGCAGUCACUUGUCGACUAUCAAGAUUCUAGAAAUCCUUACAAAAAUACAAUCAUACUAUCCAAUCGACCCAGAUCUAUUGCAGUCUAUUAAAAGGUGGAUACAAAAUAGGCAGAAUCCCGAUGGCUCUUUCACACCUAUGGCAGCAGAUAAGGAAGUAGAUUAUUAUCCAGCAGAAAUUACCAAAAUUAAUGGUACAACCAAAGAAGUCGAUGUUAAUGAGUAUUACUAUUAUGAUAAAGAUGGCAAUAUGACGGAGGAAGAAAUUGAAUGGGAAAGAAGAGUCGAAGUUACUGCGGAGACGUUAGUUGCUUUGCUGGAAGUUGGAGUUGAAAGUCAGAUGGAUGCAGAAAUCGCAAAAAGAGCGCAAACAUAUUUGGAGAAGAAUCUGUACAAUCUAACAUCCCCCGCUGCUCUGGCGGCAACGGUACUGGGACUUGUAUUGGCGAGGAGUCCAGUUGUUCCGGAGGCUUUAUUGAUUCUGAGGAACGCUUCAACAACUGAAGAAGGCGAAUUCGGUUGGCCGGCGCCCAGAAAGGAUGCUGCUGACUGGCUAUUGGAAGAAACGUCCAGAAGUAUCAAGACAACAUCAUACGAGGCAGUGACAAUGGAGCAAUACGUAGCGGGCGUCCGGGUGUUGCUAGCGGCGUGCGCGCGCGGCGCCCUUGCCGAGGGCGAGGCGGCCGCGCGGUUCCUGUACUACCGGGCCUCUACACUGCAGCGCCAUCCGAGCCUCGCCUACCAGGCCACUAAAGCCGCUGCGCAGUACGCUGCGCUGGCUCAUGACAGACACCGCGCGCUGACGGUGUCCCUGGCAACAGCCGGCAUGGAGCUGACAGACACCCUGGAGUUGCGCGCACGCUCCACCCCGCGGCCGCUACAGCUGCCUGGACUGCCCACUAAAGUGUUCGUGUAUGCCACCGGCGCCGGUUGUGCCACAGUACAGGGUACCAUAGCAUACUCUACGUAUACACCGAAACCAGAAAACGCUUUGCUAAAUAUACAGGCUGCUAUCAUUGAGGAGAUCCGACCAGAAAGAAGUAGCUUAGAAGAUCUGCAAGGGAAUCUGCCAACUAUAAUUGUCAAGACGUGUUUCCGGUGGAAAAGUAAAGAACGGUCGGGCAUUCUGCGCCUGGAAGCGUCUCUAUUCUCUGGUUAUGAACUACAUUCCGUCAACCCAGUUGUACUCGAUGGAGCAACUUUUGCUGAUUUACACUAUGGAUCCAGAGGAGAGUCUGUGUGGUUCGUCUUUGCUAAUAUAAGUUCGACCUGUCCAGUUUGUGUGACUUACGAAGCAAGAUCGAAAUUUAUAAUCAGCAGUCUACGCCCUGCCUUUGCUAAAAUAUACCCCUCAACUAGACCUGACCUCGCCGUUGAAACAUUCUUCCACGCAAGACCUGGCAGUCCACUACUACGAGGAAUAACGGAUGACGACUUCAUUACUUGGUUUGAUAAAACAGAACUAGCAAGUCUCAAAACAAAUGCAAAUAUCGAUAAUAUUUGUGAAUGUGGACGUAUAUGUAGUAGAGACUAUGAAUUCAAGAGAACUAAUGAAGCUGUUUAUUAUAACACAACAGCCCAGAAACAAUCUGAAAAAGAAUCCGUACUAGUUACUACAACAAAGAGUUUGACUACAACCCAGCAACAAACUUCUACUCAGCGACCUAUUACUAAGAAGCCAACAACUCCUAUUGGACAAGAAACUACUAAGCUAGAGUCAACUACCGAACAAGAAGCUUCUACCGAACAACAUACGCCUACCGAAUACCAAACAACUGUUGAUCAAGAAGUUUCCACAAAACAUGAACUCACUGCGGGCUUAUCAACAUCAGAAGACAAAACUCAAUUGACAUCUGUAAAGGAAAUUCUACUAGGACAAGUGACAACUUCGCAAUAUAUACUAAACACUAAAUUACGCGAUAACAAUAUUAAACAAGCAGACAAUCCUAUUAUUAUACCGACAGCUAUGUACAUAAAUAAAUCACAUGAUGAGAAGAUCGGAAAUGAUAUAUUACCGCUUACACCAAAAACAAAUGGCGAACUAAUCGUUCAAAAACUGCCUAUGUCUAAAUUAAUUAACAAAAAGGAAGAAAUCAAGAAAAAACCUCUUCCUAGGCGAAAAGGUACUUUAAAAGCAACUUACGGUGACAAACAAGACAAAUUCUUUGCAAAAAUAAAAUCUUCUAACAUUAGUGUCUCAGUAUCAAGCACUACUGCCACUCUACCCCAAGUUAAUACAUCGGAAGUAACUAUUAAACCUAUUACACAUCUGAACAAAAAUGACGACGUCGGCAAAAAAAUUGUUCAUGAUAAUACUGACUUUUUAGAUAAAAAAGCUGUCACAAAAAAGAAAUCAAAUAUAAAUCAAGAAAUGCCGCCGUCCAAGUUGAUCCAUCCGUCUUUUGGGUAUUUGCCUAAUGUGACAUUAUCACCUGUUUCUGCUUUAACUAAACCAUUGGUACCCCAUACGAUAACUGCAAUAACUAACAAGAAUAUUAAAACAAUGCACGACCGAACUAUUAAACCUAAAACAAAAAACCAAUUAAAGAAGCCGGCAAUUAAAGCAAGUUACAAUGUCACAGAAAAUAGAGAAAAUAAUGUCACAGUAGACGACAGCCAGAUAAAUAACACAAAGAAUAAAAAUACUUCUCUAGAUAAAUACUACACAAAGACAUUGAAAUCGAUCAAUAAAGAAAUCCAUAAAAUACCAAUUACACCAAUAUCAGAGACUUCAAAAACUUUAGCUGGAGUACCUAAAGCUGACAUUGCUCCAGAAAAUCGGGGAGGUUUUGAAAUUUUGGACAAAAACAGUCUGUGGGAGCUCCUCAAAGAAGGACCUGACACUGAACUCACCAAAUUAGAUGAUAAGUUACAAGUACAUAACAGACUUAAUUCCCUUGCACAAAACGUGUCAAAUUCUACUCACUACGAGUCAAAAGAUGAACAAGAUAUGUCAAAAGACAAUCGGUCAUUAUAAACUUUAUUGUUAUAUAUUGUGUAAGGCACAAAGAUGUCAGCGUAAUAUUUUUGUAACACACCGAUGCCAUUUAGCUUAUCGAAACCCUGUACUGAAUUAAAAUUGUUAAUAAUACUUGAUGUUCCCAUCGAUACGCACUCAGACACUCCUGACGCACUCAAUCUUAUUGUUGAUUGUUAGAACGAUGUAUUUUGCACUCAUUGUUUAUAUACUUUAGGAGGUAAUUGUGUGUCAAUGUAAAUAUUAUUAAUAAGGUAUUUUAACAUUAAGAAUCGCGCUGUGUGACUUAAAAUUAAGUUAAAUCUGAGAAUACUAUGGUUUAUAAUCAUUGCUCAAAGCCCUAGAUAAGCUUUAAUUUCGUUUUCUGUAGUCUUUUAGAUAUUAGCCUUGCCAAACUAAAAUUAACUGCCGCUUCGUAGUUUUCCAGAAAUAUCUAGAGCUGAAAUGAAUAGAGAGCUAGGAUCGCUUAUGACUCGUAGGGCUACAGAUCGACGUUUUCUCCAGUUCUAAAUGAUAAUUUUAGAAUUUAUAUAGAUCUAUUUACCCGGUUGUAAUCUUAGUCCUUUAAAUAGAUAUUAUAUUUUGUAAAUAUCAAAAGCCAAACAAAAAUUAUUGUGACUGUAAUCUGAAAUAGGAUUUAUUCCCAAUGAGUUUUCUUAGACUUACCGUUUAGUAUAAAUAUAAAACUAGUGUCCUAGUGAAUGUAAUUAAUGCUAACGCCCCAGAAUUUCCAUCCGUCUAAUCUAUCGUCUUCUGUAUCUAUUGUAUGUAAAAUGUAGUUUCUUACCCUAGCUACGUAGACCUUAAAUGUAUUUCUUUGAAAUUGUAAUUGAAUAACGCAAUAAAAAUAAUCUAUUACAUUAAAAUACGAACGAAGUUACUGGAAGCUAUCUAAAUACCAACAGUUACAAAAUGAGAAAUAUGUCACUUCGCCAAAGAAGCAUUGCCCGUUGCUACGCCUGCCGUUGUUUACUUACAAUUUCCAUUUUGUAGUGAGACUGAUUUUAAGUACUCGUAUAUUUUGAUGUGUGCUUUGAGCCCUUUAUAUAUUUACAUAAUUAUAUUUAUUUUGUUAGUUUCCUGUUUAAUUAACAAUAACUAUCUUCCUAACUAAAUCUUUAUCCUUUCCUAUCCUUUAUCUAUAUCUAUCCCUUUAGACUAUUUUCUCCUUGUUUACAAUAUUUGUUAUAUUUGGUACCUGUAUCUUUUUUACAUCUAUGUUUCCCUUGAAUUCUUGUGAAAAAUAUUUUUAAAUGAAUUUUAACUGUAUUAGGUGAAUUUUUAUAUUUUUAAAUACUUUAAUUUUAUUUUAGUUUUUUAUUCUCUAUGGGUAAAUGUAUGGUUGUAUAAAACUAGGUGCUUGAGCGAAAGAUUCUCGUCAAUUUGAAACUUGUAAAAAUAUUUCAACAAUGUAAUGUAUAGUUUUAAUGAAAACAUGAAUUAGUAUUUGUGCUUACCAAAUAAGCUAGAUAUUCGUUAAGAUACUUUGAUGUACUGACACAGAUUAAUACUUAAAUAGUAACUAUUAAAAUUAUUACACCAAGUCA